CAAACAUCAUGAAGCUCACCUUGAUCUCUGCAGCCAUCCUCGGCACGUCCACGGCCAUCUCUCUGCCAGCUGCUCCACAACCGUAUGGCGAGAUAAAGAGACGCGCAUGCACACAAGGUGAAAUUGCGCUUGCGGCUGGCAUUCACUUGAACAUCAAUGCACAAUACGCUGAAUACAAUGGCACCGUCAAAGUUGAUCAAGUCGAGUCUUCCAAAGGCACCGCGGCAGAGUUCGACAAUGCAAAGGGCCAGCUUCAAUCCGACAUUCAAACUGGAAUGAACAUUCGUCUCUUCAACCAACAGAUUGCCCCAGCCGGCAACCCAGCGAUUCCCGGGUUGACUGAGUAUGCCGCCGCCCAAGAGACGGAAAAAGCCCAAGUCGCAGGUUUGACUGGCAACUAUGCCGUCGACAAGCCAGUCCUCGCCAAGCUCAAGGACGAGAUUACGCAAGGUAUUCAGCUGAACAAAGACAAUUUGGCGGCAGCCAUCAGCCAAUGCGACUUCACCCUCGUCUUCCCACCUGCGAAUGAGAUGGGUGUGUAGGAAGUAUGAUGAUUGACGACAGGUAUUGGAAAACCCAGGGAGGAAGGAGUUGGUUAUAUAUAUCUAUCAGUGAUGCAUCGUGAUUAAUGCCAGAAAAUCAAUGUC